CCUCAGAGCUCUCUCCUCGCAAUUCCUUCUACCACACCACAAAUAUGGACGCCCACGCGCUCCUCACAUCCCAAGGAUGGCGCGGAACCGGCAAUUCUCUUCAUCCAACGAGCAACACAAUCGGGCUCUCACGACCUCUCCUCGUAUCCAAGAAAGUCGAUAACCUGGGUAUCGGCAAGAAGCAGCACAGAACAAGCGAUAUGUGGUGGAUGAACGCAUUCGACAGCUCGUUGAAAGGCCUUGAUACGUCGAAAGACGGGCAGGUCAUACAGACUGUGACGAGUGGUGGACUGGAUAUGGUUCAGAAAGCCGGCGCGAAAUGGGUUGGCAGUAAAGGCGGGCUGUAUUCAAGUUUUGUAAGGGGUGAGGGGUUGGGUGGUACGAUUAAUCCGGAGGAGAGUACAGAGAGUGAGUCUGGGAAGGAUGUUGCUAGUGGUAGUGGGGAGAAAAAGACGAAGAGGGGUGGGGAGGAGGAAAGUAAAGAAGAGAGGAGGGCGAGGAAGGCGGCGAAGAAGGCGCUGAAGGCUGAGAGGGUAGAAUUGGUUAUAGAGGAGUCUACACCGACUCAGACGGACUCCGAGACGAAAGAAGAGCGAAAAGCUCACAGAGCUGCGAAAAAAGCCGGGCAAAAGGUUGAAGAGAGGGUGGUAGAGGUUGAGGUAGAAUCUGCACAGAAGUCUGAGACGAAAGAAGAGCGCAAGGCGAGGAAAGCUGCAGAGCGUGAGGCAAAGGAACAACAAUCGAAAGUUGUCGACGAGCCAACAGAUGACGUCGAGAUGGCAGAUGUACAGGAAACAAAAGAGGAACGAAAAGAGCGCAGGCGGCUGAAGAAGCUUGCAAAAGAGGCACAAGAAAAGCAGGGAUCGACAGAUGAUUCCUCAGAGAAAGCCAAAAAGAAGAAGCGAAGGAAGGAUUGA